ACCAUGGACAACGAACAGCCUCACCAGGAGCUGGUGAAGUGUGUAGUGGUGGGCGACACGGCAGUCGGAAAGACUCGCCUCAUAUGCGCACGCGCAUGCAACAAGCAUGUAUCACUGUCCCAGUUGAUGACGACGCAUGUGCCCACUGUCUGGGCUAUUGAUCAGUAUCGGAUAUAUAAAGAUGUGUUGGAGAGAUCUUGGGAGGUUGUUGACGGUGUCAAUGUCUCGUUACGCCUGUGGGACACAUUUGGUGAUCAUGAGAAAGACAGAAGAUUUGCUUAUGGCAGAUCCGAUGUGGUACUACUGUGUUUUUCUAUAACGAACCCUAUAUCAUUGAGGAAUUGUGGAGCCAUGUGGUAUCCAGAAAUAAGACGUUUUUGCCCUAAUACUCCAAUACUGCUAGUAGGCUGCAAGAAUGAUCUACGUUAUAUGUACAGAGAUGAAACUUAUCUCAACUAUUGCAAAGAUCGUAGCCCUUUUAUUCGAGCACCAAGGAAAAGUGAUCUAGUGAUGCCAGAUCAGGGUCGAGCUCUAGCUCAUGAGUUUGGUAUAUAUUACUAUGAGACAUCAGUAUUCACGUACUACGGAGUGAACGAAGUUUUCGAAAAUGCGAUACGAGCAGCUUUGAUCGCACGAAGACAACAAAGGUUUUGGAUGACGAAUUUGAAGAGAGUGCAGAGGCCUCUUUUACAGGCACCGUUCAGACCACCGCGACCAAUGGAACCUGAGGUGACUGUUGUAAAUAGUAUAUACUUGGAAAAUAUGACCACAUUGCUGAGGCAACAGUAUUUCUCGGACAUGGUGAUCAUAUGCGGAGCGAAGGGUUUCCCUGUCCACCGAUUUAUGAUGGCGGCGGCUUGUGAAGCCUUCCACAGGCUCCUCACCACUGACUGCGUCAGCCUCUCCGCAGAACUGGCUCGGAGCUCCAGUGAGAGCAGUAUGGUGAGCAGUAUGGGUGAGGCCACUACUGGUGAAUUCAAUGAAGACACCGAAUACUUGAUACGGCAAGACCAAGCCAAGCAGAUGAGGGUAUGGGACCAGAUAAAAAGGCGCUCGUCGUGUCAAAUCCUGCCGCUGAGCGAUAGCUGUAAGAAGCCGCCAGAUUUGUAUCGAGAAGUCAACCACCCCGCCAUAAACGCAAUACGAGUCGUCAAAUGUGACAAGAUCCAGCAUGCUACGUCACAAACACAGACAAUUGUGACCAUGAGCAAGUUAAUAUCACAGAAUGUUAUGCAGGAAAUCAUCAAUUUUAUAUACACUGGAACAUUGGACAGCAGUGCCUUUAAACAACAGUCCGCUGCUAUUGGAUUAAUGCUGGAAAUUCGUCAGGCGGCCGAGCUGCUUGGUUUCCACGAGCUGACCAAGCUGAGUCAGUUUAUUCUCGACCAACAUCUGCUAUUUGAUAAGGGAUUUAUGCUGCAGUUUCAUACGCCUUUACCCCAAAGACUUCGCGAUAUGUACGUAGAACGUAAUCUAUUCGCCGAUGUGACGUUUGAUCUCGACGAUGGGAUACAUCUUGCACACAAAGCUAUACUGAUGGCCCGUUGUGACCCUAUGAAAGCCAUGUUUCAAGGUCAUUUUAGGGAGAGCACCUCCAGAGUGAUAUCGUUCCCGGGCGUGAAAAUGUACGCCUUCCACAUACUCCUCUGCUACAUAUAUUCGGAUAAGAUACCUAUGGUGGAACCGAUCCGAUGUCUCGAGUUACUCGAGUUGGCUAAUCGAUUGUGCAUGAAUCGAUUGGUGAAUCUAGUGGAAGCCAGGGUCAUUGACCAGCUGCAGCAUCAGGACAGAGUCUGUGGGGAGGAUGACCAAGUGGUUGAGAUCGCGUUAUCUUUGUUGGAGCCUGUUAAGUUGCACAACGCAGUGCACCUGGGCGAGUGGUGCACGUGGCGGCUGUGCGGCGCGUACGACCGUGUGUGCCGCGCUCGUCACCUCAGCCUCGCCUCGCGCGACUACCUCGCGGACAACCGCUGGCCGCCAGUCUGGUACGUCAAAGAGUAUGACUAUUAUCAGAAGUGCGUGACCGAACAAACCAAAGAACAGAAGGAGAUACGACCCACAACCUCGUUGCAGGCCAGCCAGCAGACAGGAUGCCUGUGUUUUACAAGCAAGGGUCGGCGCGAGAGCGGGGAGAGCGCGGGCGCGGGGGAGGCGGGGCCGGCGGGGGAGGCCGCGGCCGCGGUCGCCGCCGCUGACGUCACCACCGCGCUCUGCCGCGCCGCGGACGUGGCCCACCAUCCGCCGCUCUGA